GCUCCCGAUUCCUCAGCGCGCCGCCGUGCAAAAUAUGGGGGCGCGCUCUUUAUGGCAGGUCUCAAAAGAGGGGGAGCAGCAGCGCACGAGCGCGCCGUCGUUGUCAGGGACGGACGGGGUACAGCUGGGAAAAACACAUACACACACCCCCGUCUCCGUCAUACACGCACAUACGGCAAAAAACAAAAGCGACUCUAAGGGAAGAGCGGAACGGGAGAGAGGGAGCAUGCGGCGAGGAGCAGGGGCUGCUGCAGACCUUUGUUUGUUUCCUGGAAACCCUGGAGCGCGAGGGAAUAAAAUGGAGUGGUAGGGGCUCCGAGGCGCGAGAGGCGCGUCCACCUGCUGCUACCGGGAAGGCAGCCCGGGCUCGCGAGAGAGGGGAAACAUGUUGAGACCACUGCAUUGAAGUGGGUAACAAAAAACAAACAAAAAAACAACAACAUAUGACAACAUUCCACCCGCCGAGCGAUCAAACGGAGUCUUAAGAGCAGACGGGACGUGCGGCCCGAGUGUAACGGGAGGCUGGACAGUGCUAAUUAUGUUAGUGAGCGAGAGAUUCAGUUCAAAUUGAUGGAUGUUCUACAGGAGUCUCGAUUCUCAGGGGCAGAUCACAGCCCCUGCCCAAGAGAUGCCAGUGAAAAUGAACCACAUGACCCGUUGGCAGAUGUGACGCAUGAUUUAAGGCGCUGUGAUGACAUCACUCCUGCAGUGCUGUCCCUGCCCUCGCUCUGUGGCCAGAGUCAGACCUCUGAAGGUCCCCUUAGCCCAGCUGACCUGCAUGAUGGGUCUGUCUCCAACACCACCUCUCUAUCCUCUCUCUCUUCGUUCUCCUCUCUUUCCUCCCUCUCAUCUCUCUCUUCUGUGCCCUGUUCCAAACCUGUGACGCCCUGGUCUGUGCCGCAGACCUGUGACAGGUCAUCCCUCUCUAACAUGGACUCCAGGGGCGGAGAUUGCCUUAGCUGUCUGAUCCCCAAAAAUCAGACAGAACCGGAAUCCUGUGAGUCUGUACUCGGCUUUGCCAGCAUCAAUUUGCAAUGCCUUGGCCCCGCCCCCAGCGCAGGUCGCUAUGGUGACCAAGUUCUAUCUGACCAGCUGCUCAGCGGCCCCGCCCAUCCAGCUGUAUCCAAUGAGGGGGCUGAGGAAGGGAGGUCGAUGCAGGAGAGCGAAUCAGAUGAGGAUCCUGCAUCCAGGAGCAUAUACGAAGGUCUUGGUGAGGAGGCGCAGGACUGGAGCUGUCUAGAGACACUCAUCAGUGAAAGCCGUAUGGAGCUCUUGGACUUAUGCUCUCGCAGUGAACUUGCAGUCAAUCUGUUCUGUGAAGAAGAUGUGGAGAAUUACAUGUUUCAAGAGGAGGAGACGGCACUCAGUACUGACGUCUGCUCACUUAAGAUACGCUAUGAGUCCUAUCAGGAUGGAGUACAGGAGAGAAGUGAGUCUGCCCUACAGGAUGAAUCUCAGCUAGGUUUCUUUCCCAGUUUACCUUGCAGUAGAAAGGAGGGGCCAAAAGAGAAAACUGACCAAUCCAUUGAGAUUAAGGGUGAUGACCAUGUGACCCCCAAUAUUAGCCCAGACAGUAACUUUCUUUUUGACCUCAGUAAUUCUCCAGAAGAUUCUGGUGAAUUCAGUGAUGACAGCUCUUGCACAGGCUCCCCAGACCACGCGCUCUCCCUUCGCCAUGGCCGUUUGUCUAGAGAAAACUCCAGCUCCUCCAGCCAGCUAAGCUACCGCCUCCGAGCAAAGAGGAAGGUGGCCUACCGAGAAGACUACCUGUAUGAUGUGGACUCUAUAGAAAGUGAGAAAAACGCAGAGAAACGAGAUAAACAGCCUGCUGGGCUCAAGAAAGAGCGUGAUGAUGACUGGUGUCCGAAGAAGAGGCGGCGGUCCAAUAGGAAGGACCCACCUGUCAUUAUAAAAUACAUAAUCAUUAAUCGGUUUAAAGGCCAGAGGCACAUGAGAGUGCGGCUGGGACGAGUCGACCCAUCGCCUUCUGUAGUCUGUUUGAGUCCAAAUGCUCUGCUACGCUAUGAGAGACUUGCACCAUUAAAAGCUUACUGGCAGAAAAGAGAAAAGGAGUUGCAGGAACAGAAUAGAUUGACAGCUGCAGAAACAACCAAACGUCUCAAUGGCUGCAAAAGACCGCCAAACACUAUACCCAAACGCAAGCACAGGUUGGCCAGACUCCGAAUCCAGCAGAUCCAUGCAGUACAGAAUUCCCUCCCCAGCCAAACUAUAGUGGUCCACGCUAACAAUCAGCCAGAGGAGACUGAAUCACUGAAAAGCACAGAUGAACCAAAAGAUGACAUUACCCCCAUUACGCACACUGCCAGGGCUAAAAGCAGAACACAGGAGAGAGAAGAAAGAAGAAAGGCAGGUAAAACAGGAAAGAUAAAGAAGUUUAAAAGUGAAGCAAGACUUAGGUUGAAAAAGUUAAAAGACGCUGAGAGACAGGGAGUCCCUGAAGCCUCUGAGAUUGAGCAGUGCAGCCCAUGUUUACCAGAAAACCUUAGUAACUCUUUAGAAGGUAAUGUUACAAAUGAAACCUCCAGUAAUGACCCUGAAAAAUGCACUUUGACCCCAACAGCUCCAGGGACUAAUGGAAAUGCUGAACUCCUCCCGGGGGGAUACCUGCAGACUCUUCUCGAAGCCUCUGAGUCAUCGAGCACUGCUAACAUCACCUAUUUCCAUCCAGGGCUGCAGAAUCCCACCCUUCAGCCAGUCCAGAGCUGUGUUCUCUCUCCUCCCUCUGAAUCAGAGCUGCCCCACUCUCCUCCACCUAUGAACCACGGGCCCAACCACACAAAUUAUGCUGAGCCAAACCUUACUGAACCGACCCAGCCCAUUUCAUGGCCAUCCCAACCAUCUGCUGAACAGCUGCCCUUCUCCCCAGACAUCCCAACCCAGUCGCCUAUGAUGCCAUCGGGCUUUCCCACACCAUUGCCUGUGUUAGCAGGGGAUGGCACAAAUGUCGCAGGGUAUGGGCAAGUGUCUCUAUCAGGGUGCAGGGUGUCAUAUGAAGAGUCCCAACCUGAUGCUGAUUAUGGCUUGAGUCCGGCUGGGUCUCGGAGUGACAGUGGUGUAGGGCGACUGGUUAGCUUUAACUCCCUUGGGUCACUUUCUGCCACCUCUAGCAACUACAGCUCGCUCAGCCUAAGAGAGGGUGAAAGAGAGAGGGAAGAAGAGAUCAGUGAGAUCAACGAUGGCUUCUUGCCACAUUGCAGUCCACGGCUCAUCCUGCAGCAAAGUCUAGAGGAGGUUGCUCCACUUCGAGAGUCCACUGACCUUCUGGAUAUCUCCAACUUUACCCCUGACAAGUUCCGUCAUUCAUCGCUCUCUGAGAUGUCCCCACCAGACACACCUAAUUCUUCCCCACAGCUGCUGGGGAAUUGUGGUAAAGUUGGAGAGUUCUCUGAGGCAGCAGAAGCAAAUGUACAAUGGAACUGUGGAGUUGUCCCGCAACUAAAUGAAGAUGGAAACCCACACCUCCUUCAGAUACAGUCUUUCAACACAGAGGAGGGAGAUGUAGGGCUAAGAGACCACAAAGGUUCUACGAAAAAGGGUGGAAAAAAUGGACAAGGCACUAAAAAGACCAAAACUCCAAAAACAGUAAAAGGAGAGAAAGUAAAGCUCCCACGUCAGGGUUCUCGUUCUGUGAAGAAGAUCAAAGCCUUGCUAGAGGGAAAAUCAGCCAAAUGUGGUGGAGGGUCAGAAAGUUGCGCUUCAUCCCCCACCCCAUCGCUUGGCUUGAUUGGAGCUCAGGGGGAGUGGCCUAUUACCGGAGGACUAUCAAACGAUGACCAACGAGAAUUCCAGGAACCAUCAAACAUCCUGUCCAAUAUAGUGUCUGGCAUGGCUGAGGUACAGCGUUUUAUGAGGGCCUCUGUGGAACCUCUUUGGGGGCCUUGCCUGUCACCAGGUCAACAUGCCCUCCAGAGCCAGACACUGAAGAUUCUGGGUAGUGCUGCUGACCUUAAAAAGCGGGGUGGUGCCUCAGGCGGAGGUCGAGGGAAGAAAGGGGCUGGGCGGGGUGGUAAAGCACUGCCUAAACUUCUCCCACCAGGCUUCUUUCCUACCCUUGGAUUAGACUGCCUCCCACUUCCCCACCGCCCAGCCCACAAAAAAAUGUACCGUCACAAAAGCAGUGCUAAGUUUGCCCGUGAGGAACUCUUAGCGGGCAAAAGGGACAUAAAAGGAGUAGCAUUGACCGCUUUGGUAGAGAAACGGAGCUAUAACACUCUAUGUGUUAAAUCGGUGUCACAGCACCAUGGUUUAAAUCGAGCCCAGCGCCCUGCUCUGUCUCUCAGCAAAUGGUUGCCUUCUGUUCAGGGGUCAAAGGUCAUGUGUAGUAUUCUGUGCUAAGAAUCGUUUUCCCCUCGUUUCUGUGCCAACCCCUCAGAACAUUGGGCUUUGACAAGCUAAAAGAAAGCGUCCUCACCAAGAUGUUCGUUUUCUGAGGUUCUGAAAUUCCGAAAGAGAUUUUUUUCAUUAUUGUUGUUUGUUUAUAAGUUGUGAAAAGGGGGUUCAUUCAUCUGUUCUCCAGUGAAUCUCCUCCUGCCAGUAUCAAAAUGCUGUUGUACACAAACAUAUGCACUAUUUACAAAACAAGAUUAUAUCAAACAUGUUUAAAUUAAUGUGCCAAACUA